CUGCGUAGACGAUAAACUUCUGCCACAUUCGAAUUUCCUGCAUUGUACAGUAAUUAUGAAUUCUUAACAGUUAGCAUACGGUUGCUAAUUUUACAUAGGAUCUCAGUCAAAAAACCAUCCGUACAAGGUUGAGAAAUGGGGGCGUCGGCUAGCACGGAAGCGGGACCUCUGCACGGGGCUGUUGCGGAAGGGAAUGUGCUGCAAGUGCGUCACAUCUGCUCGACGGCCAACAGCAGCGUGAUCAACCGGGAAUUCAACGGGGAGACACCGUUGACGCUAGCACUACGUGACGGCAUCGACAUCGCCAUUCUCCGUGAAUUACUUCAGUGUCCACGUCUGGAUGUCAAUAAGCCGACCACCAGCGCUCGAAACACUCCACUGAUGACCGCUGUAGUCUUGGCAGGGCAUCCCAGUGCCAAAACCAGCAUUCUGCAGAAAGCGGAGCUCAUAGCAGCACAUCCACGCUGCCGGUUAGCGUUGCGGAAUGGCGAGAACUGGACAGCGCUGGAGAUGGCGGUACGAACCAAGAAUCCAGCAAUUGUAGGGUGUCUGUUACGCGGUGAUCGGGUCAAGCACUAUGCGGCAGAGGAUAUCAUUAAGGUGGGUGCAUUGGCUGUCAAGAGCGAGAAUGCGGAUCUGGUGGUGGCGAUUCUGGAUAGUGUUCCCGAGGGGAUUCAGAAGAUAUUUCUGGCAGUCGCGAAAGAGGUUCUGAAUAACGAAGAGGCAGAUAGUCGGGCAAAACAACCAAUAGAAACCCACAAAGACAUACCUCCGCUGCAUUCUGCCAUUAUGAGAGAAGAUAUUACCGGUGUCCAAGAAAUCCUUCAGCAACCGAACACUGACGUCAACCAGAAAGUCGCCGGCUUAACGCCCUUAAUGUUAGCAGCUUGUGGACGCAGCCCGCCUAUUGUCCAAAUGCUCGUCGACACUCCGUCCAUCGACAUCAACAUGACCUCCACCGGUUUCAAGAAGACGACAGCAUUAAUCAUGUGCGCUUUUGCGGGUGGCAUUGCGGAUGAAGAAGAGCGGGUCAAGAUGAUGAACGCCAUACUGGCUCAUCCGCAAUGUGAUCCCACGCUAAAGGACGAAGACGGAGUCAACGCUCUCGGCAUGACGGCUGUGUUCGAUAAUGACAAGCUGGCCGAUUGUCUGAUAGCGGACGGGCGCAUCGAUCGGUAUGCGCUGGAUGAUGUAUGGCAGUGCGUGAGGUUUGCCAUCAGUGCGGAGCAUAAGGAUUUGGCGCUUACCUUAUGUAAUGCCGUGCGGGAUGAUCGCAGAGCGGUGUUGGCUAUGAGAUUGGAUCGUUCGCAAAAUGGAAACGCACCGGAAGCACUGAAGACGGCCAUCCUGCUAAAAUCGCACAUGGUCAACGGAAAACUGCUGAAUCGCACCAUCAAGUUAGCCCUUCGGCUGGGCCGGCCCGUGGUGGGCAGCCACGUUGUUAUCAACAAGGACCAGGCACUGGUGAGGAUGAAACAAGCGGAACACAACCUGAAUUUCGCUGCGGAGAUGUGCGGUUGCUGGGGAAUUGUGGAGAUGAUCACGUCAAGCGGUGAUGCGGAAAUAAAACUCUUUAACGUUCCAGUACCGGCUUUGCGCAUUGUACUGUGCAAUCCUGAAGCCCUGAAGGUUGUAUCGCGAGACGGAUACGAAGGCCGUGACGGCGAUGGGCACGUGAUCAAGGCCAAAAAUAUUGUGCGCGUCGUGGCGGAAAUCGACAUCGCUCGUGAGCUGCAGAAGACUCACGGCGGUCUAGAUGAUGAUCAUCUGAACGCUCUGGGAAAAUUGGGUGAUAUCCUGUUUUUCGAUGAAGACGGCGAUGUACAAGUCAGUGUGGGCAAACAAGUCAGCUGUUUCAAUCCAAAAGCACUAAGGAAAGUGGAUAAAGUUCCAUGCGGUGACGGUUCCAGCAUCCAGGUCGGCGAUCAGGUCCGUGUAAUCCUCACCGAAGCCGCAUUCCAGUCCGUACAAACCGAGGAGUUCGGUGAUUGGUCACCUACUGUGGCCGGUCUGAUUGGGGCCACGUUGACAGUGAAGAGGAUGUAUACAUCUCCAUCGGACGACCCCAAGAUUGUGCUUGAAGUAGAGCAUAACGGCCGCCGAGUGUUUGUCAACCCACAAGCAGUCGGCUCGCUUGAUAACGCUAAUAUGGACGUGACCGGCAACGUAUUAGAGCCGGUAACUGCAGCACCGAUGCAAACUACUGCCCCGAGUACCAAUCCAGAACGCAGCGGCAUUUCUUCUUCAGAUUUGGAAGCCUUGCAGCGCAAUGCACUGGAGCUGGCCCUGCUUCAGGAACUGGAUCCAAAUUAUUCCAAACCCGAUCUGAGCAGCGCUAAUUAAUUAAUCAAUAAUAUCACGUGAUUAAACCAGUGUGAUCUUUUCCUUAACUUGCACUUCCGAUACUGCCUUGGUUCGAAAGCUACCGGAAACCAGUGCUUGCUAUGAUUUGUAAUUUGCGGGGAAAAGAAUUUAUUGAUGUUUUCUGCGUAGCACGCCCAGCAGGUGACUGCUAACUGUGUACUAUGAAGAACUGUUUUACGUUCGGUUGUUCGGCAUACCAACGCGGACAGUGGUAAUCCUGCAACUUUUAAGCCACUACUGAGGUACGAGUAUUUAUUUGUCGUGGUUCAAAUGACGGCUUCGUGCUAAAAAAUCAACAAAUCCACUCUUCA